UAUAUAUAUAUAUAUUAUAAUAUUUCAGAUGGAUUUACCGAACAGGACAUUGUUGCAAAUGCAAUCUUGAUGUUUUUCGCCGGUUUCGAACCCGUGUCUUCCACGUUGAGUUUUUGUUUGUACCAGUUAGCUCUGAACCAACACAACCAGGAAGAAAUGCGCGACGAGAUGAAUUCAAAGGUGAAAGAACACGGGAAAAUUAACAAUGAUUUUUUGGUAGAUCUUCAUUACAGCGACAUGGUAUUGGCAGGUGAAUAUUGCGAUUUAAGAUUAAAUGUCCGGCCGGCCAUGGCAGAAACCUACGGUUGCCCAAUUCGAAAUUCUGCCAAAACUAAAUACACGUGUUAACCCAACCAACAGUAGCCACAGUUGAAAAACCACCCGCAAUGGCCUAUGUUUCCGCGGGUUAAUAAAAAAAGUAUAAUAUAUAUAUUAUAUAUAUAUAUAUAUAGGUAUAAUAGGUAUCGGAAGCUAACAUAUCGUGUUGGACGUCCGACGUUGGUAAGUUUAGCGUCAACCGUCGACGAGUUUGCUGUGAACGUAACUUAGCCCUUAGGUACUGCUCAUGGAAUCGCAUACAUCUCCUCUGCAGUCUGUUUAUUUACAGUGAAAUAUAUCAUGAUAUUUUCAAACUGUCGAUUUUGU